CCUUGGAGGAAGAGAUGUCUGUACACCACGCAACAACAUCAGUAUGAGUUUCGCAGAUUCAGAGGGACCUCCAGCGAAGAAGAGGAGGUUCUUUACAGAAAAAUCGGCUGUUCUUGACUCUUCCUUGACGCAUGAGCCAUCAUUACCAGACGAAUUCGACGCGUUCUCGGACCCAAUACACCACGGAGAAAAUGUAUUGACUUCAGCGCAUGCCUCAGCAGAUUCGGCAACUCAGAGCUCUCCUGAAAAUGGAGAAAUUCAUCAUGAUGAGCCGCUCGGAUUUAAUCAAGAUACAUUUGAGAGCUUUGUUGGAGACAAAGUGGCGCCGAAUGUUCUGAAGAAGUUGCGGGAGGCAUCUGGAGACAACAUGGAGAGAGCCGUCAACAUGUACUUUGAUGGUUCUUGGAAUACUGCUUCGACCAAUAAGUCUUCGAGUUCCAAGACAAUGACAAUCAAUGCUUUUACAAGGUCGAAUUCGAAUGCCGAAGGAAGUAAUCAUAAAAGCCCAAGGACAAGAAGUCCUGUCUCGAACGUACAACCGAGAGAAUCAAUUCCUGAAUCUAGAUAUGUUGGCGUCUUUGGAGUUGGUGGUUGGGCAACGAGGAGCGGUACAACUUUGAUCAAGCAUGGCGAGCCUAUACGUAUCGAAAGGCAAAAGAUACAACCACCAAAAACCCCAACAGGAAAAGGAAAGGGUCGACCAGCACAAAAUGCCCCUAAGCCGAACAGUGCUGCUGCGAAAAGAAUUGAUGUAGUCGUACGCUUCACUAAUGCGAGAGGAGAAGAGAUUGGCAGACUACCUCGAGACCAUGCCAACUGGGUAUCUACACUGAUAGACCAGAAAGUCUGUAAAUUUGAAGGCACAUGCAUCUAUGCUCCAGAGCGGAUACGUACCAACGACACCAUUUUUAUUCAACUGAGAUGCUCGUUACUCCGGACAGCUUUCGACACUGGCGGUUUUAAGCUGCAUGAUAAUCGGACAACCGGACUUUUUGAGGAGAAGGAAACAUCGGAGGAGAAAGAGCUGAGGCUGCGUCAGGUGGCGCUUGUCAAAUUGUUCGAGGAGAUCAAUAUGCUUCCGUCCAGGACAUCGGAGACUACAGCGAAGCACAAACGUAAGGGAUUGCUCCAAGCAGCCGAAGUUGCUGAACAAUACGAAGCUCAGAAGUCUAAGAAACCAGAAUCGACAGAGAAUGGCGGAUCGUCUCCACCUUCCGAGGAAGAGGAAGGUAAAGAGCUGGAGCAAGAUCAAUUAGACACGCUAUACAAGAAAGCUCAGUCGUUUGAUUUCAAUGCUCCUGCUGCAGAGCCAGCUAAGACAUUUGCUAUGGACUUACGGCAAUAUCAGAAACAAGCCCUACAUUGGAUGAUGUCGAAAGAGAAGGAUGAAAAAGACGAGAGCAGAGAGGCCUCAAUGCAUCCAUUAUGGGAAGAAUAUGCCUGGCCUUUCAAAGAUAACGACGAUAAAGAAUUGCCUCAAGUCGCCGGUCAGGAUGCGUUCUAUGUUAAUCCAUACUCUGGCGAGCUAUCUCUUAAGUUCCCCGUCCAGGAGCAGCAUUGCCUUGGUGGCAUUCUUGCGGACGAAAUGGGACUGGGAAAGACAAUUGAGAUGAUGAGUCUGAUUCAUUCUCACAAGUCAGAGAUUGCCAUGAGAUUGGAAAAGCUGAAUACGGCAAUCACGUCAGUCAAUAGUCUACCAAGAUUACCAGCCAAUUCGUCUAAUGUCGAAUAUGCUCCAUGCACAACUCUAGUAGUUGCUCCCAUGUCUCUACUAGCUCAGUGGCAAAGUGAGGCGGAGAAUGCAUCGAAAGAAGGAACUUUGAAAAGUAUGGUCUAUUACGGUAGUGAAAAGACUGCCAACCUACAGGCAUUGUGUUGCGAAGCCAAUGCGGCAUCUGCGCCCAACGUGAUCAUCACAAGUUACGGCGUCAUUCUGUCGGAAUUCAAUCAGGUGGCUGCCAGGAAUGGGGACCGUGGAACUCAUGGUGGAUUGUUCUCGUUAAAGUACUUCCGUAUCAUUCUCGACGAAGCUCAUCAUAUCAAGAACAGACAAAGCAAGACUGCAAAGGCUUGCUAUGAACUUGAUGCAGAGCAUCGUUGGGUAUUGACAGGUACACCAAUUGUCAACAGAUUAGAAGAUCUGUUCAGUUUGGUCAAAUUCUUGAGGGUGGAGCCUUGGAGCAAUUUCUCCUUCUGGAAGACCUUUAUCACCGUCCCGUUCGAAUCGAAAGACUUCAUGCGUGCUCUUGAUGUCGUCCAAACUGUCCUAGAACCUCUGGUACUGCGCCGCACAAAGGAUAUGAAGACACCUACCGGAGAAGCACUUGUUCCAUUACCUCCCAAAACCAUCGAGAUCAUGGAUAUUGAACUUUCGAAACCAGAGAGGGAGGUCUAUGAUCAUAUUUUUACACGAGCUAAGCGAACAUUUGCGGCGAACGUAGAAGCUGGGACUGUCUUGAAGGCCUACACUAGCAUCUUCGCCCAGAUUCUACGUCUUCGACAGUCAUGUUGCCACCCAAUUCUGACUCGCAAUCAGAACCUUGUCGCAGACGAAUUGGAAGCUGCUGAGCUGGCUGAUGCUUCAACAGGGUUGGCAGAUGACAUGGAUCUUCAAUCAUUAAUCGAACGCUUCACAGCUGCUACGGACGACUCUGCAGAUGCAAAUGCCUUUGGCGCUCAUGUUCUUGAGCAGAUUCGCGACGAGGCUGAUAGUGAAUGUCCCAUAUGCUCUGAAGAACCAAUGGUUGAACAGACUGUUACAGGCUGUUGGCAUUCCGCAUGCAAGAAAUGCCUCCUCAAUUAUAUCACGCAUCAACAAGACAAGGGAGAAGUUCCAAGAUGCUUCAACUGCAGAGAAGUGCUUAAUAUUCGUGACAUAUUCGAGGUAGUCAAGGACGAAGGUCACCCUGAGAGCGCUGACGGGAAGCCGAAAAUCAGUUUGCAAAGACUAGGAUCCAAUUCCUCUGCCAAAAUCGGAGCACUCUUAACCCAUCUCAAGACUUUGAGAAAAGAGCUUCCAGGUACCAAGUCAGUAGUGUUCAGUCAGUUCACAUCCUUCCUGUCUCUCAUCGAACCUGCUCUUACACGAGCAUCAAUCCCCUUUAUGAGACUCGAUGGAUCCAUAGCACAGAAAGCCAGAGCCGCUGUACUUAGCGAAUUCGCCGCAAGCAACAAGGGCAUCGUGCUACUUCUAAGUUUGCGGGCCGGUGGUGUGGGUCUCAACUUGACGAUGGCCAAGCGGGUCUACAUGAUGGAUCCGUGGUGGAGUUUUGCUGUCGAGGCACAAGCCAUUGAUCGUGUGCAUCGGAUGGGACAAGUUGAUGAAGUGAAAGUAUGCAGAUUCAUUGUGAAGGAAAGUGUGGAAGAGAGGAUGUUGAAGAUUCAAGAUAGGAAGAAGUUUAUUGCGAGCUCACUUGGUAUGAUGAGCGAUGAAGAGAAAAAGCUGCAGCGUAUUGAAGAUAUUAAGGAGUUGCUCAGCUGAUCCUUGGCUUCCUCUGCUGGACACCUCGUACAUAAUUGGCAUGGUUGGGAGCGUAGCGCUGGUUGGCAAUUUUGCAGGAUAGGGAAUUUUGUUGCGUCACCAGGAACUACUUCUCUUGGUAGAGCUAAGCGAGGAGGCAUUUGACAGGCUUCCACCACUAGGCUUCGGGAAUUUCAAUAAACCUAAUUGUGUCCAUGGAAUCUUGGAUCUCCGUCCGUGUACUG